AUGUCUGUGUCUUGUUUGGAUAUGCUUACAGCUCAAAGGAGUAAUAUGCCACAUAGCUUCCUCGACAUAAACGACGUCGAUGCUCGGGGGGGGCGGGUGAGGCGUAGAGCUCGUGACCGAAGGGAUCGCUUCAUUUCUCUUUCCGAAAAGAUGACCGGACUUGUGCCGAGGACUGAAUAUCGCUUCUCGGACGAUUGGCUUGGGGGUCUCCAAAGGGGAGAUGUCGCAGGAAGGCCGCAUGGAAAGGAAAACUGCACCUUGUCCCCCACAAUGGGAGUCGAGGGUGGACCGUUAAGCUGCACUGUUACUUGCCGAGCCAAAGAGAGGACGAACCGGGGUUUCUAA